AUGUCUGUCGAAGCUGCCACCGCCCAAAUGGCAAACACCUCCCUCAACGAGCCUACCGGCACCGCCGAAGGCGCCAGCGUCGGUGCUGGCGGCGACAAGCCGAUCAACGCCUCGCAGAACGAGGCUGUCAUCGCCAGCGCCGCGGAGGGCAGGAGACUUUACAUUGGAAACCUCGCUUACGCGACCACCGAGGGAGAGUUGAAGGAGUUCUUCAAGGACUACCUUGUGUACGUGGGCACCUGCUCUGCAUGAGACGGGGAAAGAGCAUUGGCUGACAUGUGACACAGCGAAACCACUUCCAUCCCAACCAACCCACGCACCACGCGUCCCGUCGGCUACGCGUUCGUCGAUGUGUCCACGCCUACCGAGGCCGAGCGCGCCAUCAACGAGCUGAACGGCAGGUCGAUCCUUGACCGCAAGGUCUCGGUUCAGCUUGCUCGCAAGCCAGAGCCAGCCGACGCCAAGCCAGCCGCGGACAAUGCCGAGCUCGGCGAAGGUCAACAGCGUCGCCGCUCAUCGACUCGUGGUCGCGGCCGCGGCCGUGGACGUGGAGGACGUUCUGCUCGUGGAGGACGUAAUGGCCGCAAGAUCAACGGCGAGACUGACACAGAUGCCGACGGUGCCAACGGACCAACCAACGUUCCAGGCCAGGCCGCUCCCCUGACGGCCACUACCAACGAGGCACUGACUGGAGAAGCUGGCGACGAGGGCAUCACUGCGGAUGCGAAGAAGAAUGGCAAGACCGAUGCCAACCGUCCCCGCAAGCAGCGCGGCCCACCAGAGGACGGUGUGCCAAGCAAGACGAAGAUCAUGGUCGCCAACUUGCCAUAUGAUCUUCGCGAAGAGAAGGUGCGAUCUGCUGAUAUCCAAGGCUUCCAAACCGUUUAAGCUGACAUUGCCUCUUUACAGCUCCUUGAGAUCUUCUCGGACUACUCCCCAACUUCUGCCAAGAUCGCCCUUCGUCCCAUCCCGAAGUUCAUGGUUCGCAAGCUCCAGGCCCGCAACGAGCCACGCAAGGGACGCGGUUUCGGUUUCGUCACGCUCUCUAGCGAAGAGCUGCAACAGAAGGCGUGCGCCGACAUGAACGGCAAGGAGAUUGAGGGUCGCGAGAUCGCCGUUAAGGUCGCGAUCGAUAGCCCCGGCAAGGAGGACGAGGACCCGAACUCCUUGAUCGAGGGCGGCGCGGACACCGACGCUCAGCCAUCGACUGCUGAGGGCUCCGCCAACGUCAACACGGCCACCGCUUAG